AUGAAUAGUCCUCUACCAUUGAUACCCUGCGAUGAUCCAGUAGAUGAGGAUGAGCAAGUUUCAAGUUUCAGCAUUGGGGUUUUGGGGUAUAUGAUUUUAUUUGCAAGUUGGUUGGUUUUUGUCAUUUCAUGUAACACAUUUUUUGAGAUUUGGAGGUAUGUCAUAUUGCCUCUAAAAGGUGAUACAUACGAAACAAUAAGUAGGUAUUUCGAAGUGGUAGAUGCUUAUGUGUUCAAAUUCUGGAAUGUUUAUGUUGUAAUUUGGUGGUGGGCAAUAAUCUCGUGGACAGGGUUGAAACUAUUUAGACAUUCCAAAGGAACCAGAAGAGAGAAACUUAAAGGUCGUGGAACAAAUUGA